GGGACGGUCCUCCCGGCUAUGAUUUCCCCCUCUCCCCUCUGCCCAAAGGAGAGAGGGGUUUUAAUUGAGGGAGUGGGCGGGGUUCGCCUUCUCAUCCACCCGGGGAGGCUGGAGAGGAAGGAGUCUGCGUGGAUGCCUGAGUAGCGCAUGACUUAAAAUGGCUUCGAGGGGAACCAUUGAGACCAGCAAGUUGAAGCAGAACUUGGAAGAGCAGCUGGACAGGCUGAUGCAACAGCUGCAGGAUCUGGAGGAGUGCAGAGACGAACUGGACGUCAGUGAGUAUGAAGAAACCAAGAAGGAAACCCUUGAGCAGCUGAGCGAGUUCAACGAUUCCUUGAAAAAGAUUAUCUCUGGCAAUAUGACCUUGGUAGAUGAGCUUGGUGGGAUGCAACUGGCUAUACAAGCAGCCAUCAGCCAGGCUUUUAAAACUCCGGAAGUCAUCAGGAUGUUUGCCAAAAAACAGCCUGGCCAGUUGAGGACAAGAUUGGCUGAGAUGGACAGAGACCUGAUAGUGGGGAAACUGGGACGAGACCUCUACACUCAGCAGAAGGUGGAAAUCCUCACGGCUCUCCGGAAGCUGGGAGAAAAGUUGACCCCCAGUGAUGAAAUUUUCCUUUCAACGAACGCAGGAAGUGCUCUCAGCCAGUUUGAGAAGGUCUCGACUGAUCUUGGAUCUGGGGAUAAAGUCUUCGCCCUGGCAAGCUUUGAGGUAGAAAAAUCAAAGCAAUGAAGACUCUUCUUUUUUUUUCAAGAGUAGAUGCAUUGGACUCUUUUUUUAAAUCACGUAUUUGUGUGUUUCUUACAAACCUUUUGUAAUAUUUGUUAUUCUAAGGAGUUAAUCUAAAACAAACAGGCCACAGCCUUUUCAAAGUCAGCAACAUGCAUCUUGCAGCUGAAACACAGAGGUACUUUCUAACAAAAAAAAUCCACCAAAAACAUUAACGUCCUAAUUUGCUGCUGUUGUCAGCUUUUGUGCAGGUCUGAGAGGCUGGCUCCCUCGCCUUCUGUGUCCGUCAGACGCACUCUGACCAGUAAAGUUGUUGCACACAAUGAGACAAAGCCUCUCUCUUGAGCAGCCUUUCAAUCUCUAUAGCUGCCUAUGUUGAACUGCUUGCAGAAAACUGGUCAUAUUUUUUUUUUUUAAAAUGGGGAGCAGGGGUUGUGGAAUGCAGGCAGCAGCCCUUGGUGGAAAUCGUGCCUCUCUAAAAUCCUAGGUUGCCUACAAGCCGCCUGCCUAUUCUUCUCUAGCCUGUUUGAUGUCACUGGGUACGGCUGUACAGCAAAGAACGCUAGGGGCGAACAAUAGCACCCCCUGUAAGGAAUUUUCUGGGCCAGUUUAACUUUGUGCAUUGGAAUGACAGGGAGCACAGUGGGAAGCGGCUGAAAGACGCGGGGCCUUUUGGCUUCCCUUGUGUAGCUUGUAGUGUUACAACUAUAAGCGAUUGUUCUUCCUAUACAUUCGAAAGGCAGCAUGAAACGGUGUCUUAACUAGAAAUAAAGGGGCUGUAGGGGGCCCUCCCCGUACGAGUGGGGGCUGUGCCAUUUCCUGAACAGAGAUUUCUGUGCCCUGCCUCUUUUAGACCUCUCAAACUGCUGUUUUUGGUAUGAAGAUUUUAGCUUGAACCGUGCAACAUUAUGAACCUUGGAAAACAAGUCAAUAUCAUCAGCUAAAUAUGUCUUCUGCUCCAAGUAGCCCACUCAGAAACAAAAGUGUUGCUAUUAUUGCAUCUUAUCAACUAUUUUCAGCCCGUUCCAACUAAACCUGUAGAGUAGCCAGUUGAGAAAACCUCUAAUUAAAAUAGGAACAAAGGGGGUGAUUGUAUUUGCUUGCUUUACAAACAUCUAUUUUGGAGGAAGGCGCCUGGGCCCCAAAACGUCCUCCCCCCCCAAAGGGAAACCCAGUUCCCAUGUUGCACUAAGUCAUGCUAUAGUUGGCGGUGUUUUGCUUAGCAGGUUGUGUAAGCCCCGUCACUUGGAACUUAGUCAACGAAGUAAUUGAACCAAGCUUUAACAUGAUGUGUUAAAAAGGGAAAAAUAAGGCUCCUAGAGUGCCAGGGAAACAUUCAGCCCACCCCUUUCUAUAGUAAGACUGUUCCUGUUGUGAUGGCUGAAUAAGGGCCUAGGCAGACCAACUGUUUGUGGCAACCUCGUUAUCGAUGGUUAGAGUUUGUCUGAUCCAAAGCAAGCUUUGCUUUGUGCAGUUGUGCCUUGAGCCCGCCUGACUGUCACUCCAGCUUUAAACAGGUGGCUCCUUCUGAACUGGCUUCUUUGGUUAUGCUUGGCUCUCUGCAUGCACUCCCCUCCUUUUUGCACAUGGCUCAUCUCUCUUUAAUAAACCAUCUCUGAGAAAUG